AUGAGUCAAACAAACGACAUUACCAAAACAGCUAGAAAGGUCCGAAGACUAUUAAGAAAUACCCUCAAGCCUUUUGAUGCCACAAACAGCGGUAAAAUUCUUUUUGAUCUCUUUAAAGAGCAGCUGCUUAAAUUAAACGUUAUACUAAAAAUCGAAGAUUUUGAAGCAAUUAAAGACAAGUUUGUAGACCAAGACAAUAAAAUCGAAUAUACACCUGCUUUAAGAAGGCUUAAGCUUCAUCAUGAUAGAGGCAGAUACGUGUGGUAUAUGGAUAAAGGAGAUAAUGAAAGCAUUUUUCUAUCAGGAGUUGUGAGAAAUCAGCAAUUAAGUGAAGAUAAUCAGCUGGGGUUUAUGUUGAACUCUCAUAAAUAUUUACCAAUUUAUAGUAGUUUUCAAGAUAAUAAGAAAGGAAGAGUAGAAGGGUCUCUAAUUGGAAAAUUGCAGCAAAGUCAUGUAGAUAUAAGGACUCUAGAAGCUAUAAAGGCGCAAGCAAUAAUGCUUAUUAAGGAUCAAAAGCCGAAAAAUACCUCAGCUAUAAAUAUUUUUAAAUUAUUUUUUAAAAAAUAAAUUUUAGGUAAAAUUCUGUAAAAUUACUCAGCUACAUUCAAAUAUAUAUUGAACUCAUAUGGCUCAAAAAUCCCAGACCAACUGAAAAACGACUUAAUUACACAUUGCAUAGAUUCUGAAGGAAAUUUUAAGCUUUCUCAGCUAUAUGAUCUUGUCGAAGCUUAUAAAUUUGCUCCACAAGGCACAAAAUAUUACAACUCACAGUUUCUUUCCUCUAACGUAAAAGAGGCUUUAUGAACUUCUGAAAGUGCCAGCUUCAGGAUUAACCCAGAAGACCAGCAAGCUCAGCUUAAAAGAAAGCUUUCACAACAAAUAAAUGAAAAGUUCCGUAUGGUUUCUCAAGCAUUCCGAUUUUUUGACAAUGAUAAGGUAAAAUAUAUUUAGGAUGGCGUUGUAAAUUUUAGUGAUUUUUUAAUUUCAUUAGAAAAUUUUACUAUUUUUGCAACUAAAAAAGAGUUGAAAAGCCUUUUUAACCACCUUGAUGAAGGAAAUAAAGGCUACCUAAAGCUUGAAGAUUUUUCUGCUUUAUUCGCCAAAAGAAAUUCAUCUACUCCAAUUCCAGAAAAGACAUCAAAUUUAAAGAAAAGCAGGCAAAUUGGGUUUAUUUCUGAAAGACGAAACGUAAAAUUAAAAUCGUAUGAAAAUUCUCCUAGGCAAAAAGACACUCAAAGAAGCUCCGAAAGCUUAGAAAAAGCUCAAGUAAGAAGCUUUGACUCACAAAAUCUCCUUAAAAAUGGGCCUAAAUACGUCCCUAAAAAUAAGAGUUUUUUAAGUGAGAUUAAAAGGCCAUUGCAAAGGCAAAAUAUCAGUCAGCUGUAA